AUGUCGUCUUCGGAGCCGCGGCCGCGCCCCGCCGCCUCCUUCUCCGGCGACCUGCCCGAGGACGCGCUGUACGAGGUCCUCCUCCGCAUCCCGGCCAAGGAGCUCUGCCGCCUCCGCGCCGUCUGCCCGGCCUGGCACGCCCUCACCUCCGAUCCGCCCUUCGUCGCGGCUCACAAGUCCACCCACCGCACGGCGCCCCCGCUCCUCGCCAUUGCCUACCGCGACGACAGUGAGGUCAACGGCGUUGCGAUUUCGGAUCUGUCGGGCAACGUCGUGAGGCGGAUUCCAGUCACCGGGUAUGAGAUUGUUAUGGUGAACGAGUCGGGCGAUGCCGUUCACCGGAGCUCAAGCAAGGAGGAGCAUGAUAGCAUCUGUGUUGUGCGCAGCCGGCUAGACCUCGUGUGCUUCCACUGGAAUGUGUACUCUAGGACCUUCUGCGUGCUGAACCCGGUCACUGGAGCUACUCUCGACUUACCGAUGGGCCACUCAAAGGAAUUGGAGCAUGAGCUGGAGGUACAGGGAAGAAAAUGGGGCUGCCAUGUCGAGUGGUGCGCUUUUGGGAAGGUCUCCUCUACCAGAGAGUACAAGGCGCUCCGCAUCUGUAGCAUUCGUGACCGGCAGGUAUGUGAGGUUAUCACCUUUGAUGACACCAACCAUGGAAGCUGGAGGAGGAAGCAGGACCCUCCGCCCCGUAUCUGUACCGGUCGUCAGAUGAGAUGCGUGGUCGUCGAUGGGGUGGUGUACUUCUUGAUGGAUUUUCACUACACAUACUUUGAAACCGGGGUUAUAACCAUUGAGCCUGGUAGCAUAGCUUCAUUCAACCUCGAGGCGGAGGAGUGGGGUGUUCUACCUGGUCCAGGACAGGUCAAGAGGUUUGUGCAAGAGAACAAGAAAUACAGUUACUCACAGCUUGAGCUCCAGUUAUCAUUGGCUGAGUUGAACGGCUGCUUAGUUCUGGUUCAUAAUAUUCAUAAGGUAUCUAUGGACUUGUGGUUUUUGACAGAUUUUGAGAAAGGUAUCUGGGUCAAGAAAUACAGCCUGCCUUCGCAUGUUGCUAGGCUUUUUUGGUAUCCUUUUCUCAUGUUAGAUGAUGGGAGAAUUUUCUUCAGUGGGAUGGAUUGUCUGGAAGGUAUAUUAAGUGGUGGAGAGCAAGGAGAGGGAUUCCUGCAAAGUUAUGAUCCAAGAAAUGACACUUAUGCUGAUGCACUAGAACUGAGAGAUCCCAGAUCAAUUUGCAUUUACACAGGAAGCGUGCUGAGUUUAUAG